AUGGGGAAGGGUAAGGCGAAGGUCGUCCCUCAGGAGAGGAGGGACUUCAGGUCGGAACGAUUUAACAACAGUAACAGGCCGAGAAGGGACUAUGUAGAGCAGUCCGGAUCUACUGGGGCUCAGGCAGUCCAUGCUGUGUUCCGAGAAUCUCUUCACAAAAUCCUAGAGAAGGUGAAAUAUGAGCCUUUCUUUCAGUGGCCAAACAAGAUGGCUGGCGACCCUUUGAAGCGUAAUCAGAACCUGAACCUGAAGAACUAUUUAGACCGGCUCGUCCGAGAAGGGAAGCUGAGGCAUCUGCUGCAUCGCUCUGAAGGAUGGCAAGAACCAUCGAACAAUGAAACCAGACAAAGUACGUUGAGGCCACCCAUUGGCACAAUUGAUGUCAUUCUCGCCGCACCUGGAAGGACAGGAUCCGCCCCCUUCAGGGUAAUGUCAGUGAGCAGUUUCCAAACUGAGCCAAAUGGCAGAGAACCCAAGAGAGCCAGAAAGAGCGCCACGCCAUUAAUCGGGUUCACGGAGGAAGACAAACAGGGGACUAUUCAACCCCAUGAUGAUGCCCUAGUAGUCACACUCAGAAUUGGGGGUUAUGACGUGAAGAGGAUAUUAGUUGAUCAGGGCAGCGCCGUGGAGGUAAUGUAUCCUAAUUUGUAUAAGGGGCUGAACUUGAAGCAAGAAGACCUGUCGCCAUACGAUUACCCCCUGGUCAGCUUUGAAGGAAAAAUCGUUAUCCCGAAAGGCAUGAUCAAGUUGCCUGUGCAAACAGAUUCAGACGUGGUAGAAGUGAACUUCAUUGUCGUAGAUGCAUACUCACCCUACACCGCUAUUGUUGCCCGGCCAUGGAUUCAUGUGCCAUCAACCUUGCACCAAAAAGUAAAAUAUCCCUCAGGAGAUCAAAUCAAGGAAAUAAUAGGGAGCCAAGAAAUGGCUAGGCAAUGCAUGGUGUCGGCAAUAUCACAACGUCUUAGUAAUGAGCCCUCCACUUCAGCUGAGAGGGACUUAUAG